CCACCGUGAGGGAGGAGCAGGGUCGCACGCGGGCUGCUGGGAGGCAGGCAGGGACUUGGGCCUGGGGGGUCGCCGUGGGGCGAGAGCUGGGCCUGGAGACACCCCUGGGAGGCAACAGCGGGGCCUGCAGACGCUCGCCUCCAGCCGGAGCUGGGACUGUUCAGGUACUGGGAGGCGGGAUGUGGCUCUGAAGAGCUUGGUUGCAGAAACCUCGGGGUCUACAAACGCAGGCGGGAGCUGAGCCAAAAAAGCUUGUUUGCUGGGAGGCGGGAGAUGCAGCCAGGAGAAACAAGCUGUGCCUGCAGAGGCCGCCAUGUGGGAGGCGGAGGCCGGGCCUCCUCAAAUCGGCCUCUCCAGACCCACUUGCAGCCUCCCGGCGUCCUCUCCGGGCCCAGCUCUUCCUCCCAGCUGCGUCUCCAGGCCGGACUCUGGCCUCCCAACAACGUCUUUGGACUCAGCUCCUGCCCAGCUCCCAGCGGCCCUGGUAGGCCCACCACUUCCCGAAGCCAAGCUCCCCAGGCCCAGCUCAGGCCUCACGGUGGCCUCUCCAGGCUCCGAUGGCAUCUGCAGGCCCCAAACGGCCUCCGGUCGGUGGGCUCCUCUAGGCCCAGCUUGGGCCUCCCGGCGGCCUCUGCAGGCCCAAGUCGUCCUCAAGUCGGCCUGGAAUUGGGCCUGGAAGAGCAGCAAGUCGGCCUCCCCGGGCCCAGCUCCUCCUGCCUCCCAGUGGCGUCUUUCGGCCCAGCCCAGCUCAUGGCUCUCGGCGGCCUUCCCAGGCCCCGCUUUUGACUUUUGGCGCCUCUUCAGGCCCAGAACUUGACCUCCAGUCGGCCUUUGCAGGCCCGGCCUCCUGCCUCUCAAAGGCCUGCACGGGCCCGGACUCACAGCGGACUCUCCAUGCCCAGCUAGCUCUCGCCUCACUGCGGCCUCCUGAGUCCAAAGCUCCUGCCUCUCGGCCUCUUCGGCAGGCCCAGCUCCCGCCUGCCAGUGGCCUCUUUAGGCCCAGCUCAUUCCUCACAACGGCCUUCCCAGGCCCCGUUUUUCCCUUCCGGCAGCCUCUUGGCCUCUAAUUUGUUUAUCUUUUGUGUAUAAAUCCCAAAAUAUUGAAUUUUGGAAUAUUUCCACCAUUAUGUAAAUAUUUUGGUAGGUAAUUUAUUUGGAGUGAGUUUCUGCA